AUGGGGAGGACGCGCCCAAAAAAGCUCACCUCAAAGGCCUCAAUCCCCAUUGUUCGUGAGGAUGAGAUCGACAUCAUCGAAGAUGAAGUCCAGAAUUCCCUACAACAGAUAGAGACCGGCGUUGAGAAGGCUGAGGAGUCGGAAUUCCAUCUGCAAGCCGCUAUCAACGCGACUGCUCAAGGAAAAGUAAAUGAGGCGCACAUCCCCACACCAGAAACCGUCCUCAGUAAUCUCCGAUAUGACGAGCUCUACCCCCCAAUCUUCUCACAGCCAGCGACGUACAUCCGCUUCUCCUCGACAGUCGAGGAUUGUUGCGGAUGCCCAUAUAACAUGACUGAAGAGGAUGAUGUCUUCCUCAAGAUCAGGAACCAAAAGCGGGAUGCGUCAGCUCAGUGCACUGAGGACCAAUUCGAGGAAGUUAUGUACUUUUUCGAAGAGACAGCGCAGACGAAGCAACCGUUCGCAGCUGUAGAUAAUCCUCCCGUUCUGAGCUUUGCUGAAAUGCAAGAGUCGAUGGACGCAACCGUAGAAGAGAGCGUCAAGCGAUUCGCCAAGGACAUAUAUGACCACUGGAAGGCGCGAAGGACCACUGCCGGCAACCGAUCGCUUCUUCCUAACCUCAAGUUCGAGACCGGACAAGAUACCGAUGACACAGACCCAUACGUCUGCUUCCGUAGGCGGGAAGUCCGUCAGAUUCGGAAAACUCGCGGCAGAGAUGCUCAGAGUGCCGAUAAACUUCGCAGGCUCAGAAAGGAGUUGGAAGACGCUCGACAGCUGGUUGCCUUGGUGCGCCAGCGCGAGUUGGCAAGGAAGGAGAUGCUCACGAUGGAGCGCCAGAUCUUCUUGCAACGCUCUGAGGUGAAGGAGAUGAAGAGGAAACUCAACAUCAAAGACGAUGAUGAAGACCUCAUCAACCAGAAGCCAAAGAAGAAACCAACAGAGGCGCCAGCAGUGCAGCGGCCAGCCGCCCCUCAGCUCCGGAUGCCACCCAAGCCUGGUACCCAGGCAGCCGAAGAUUUGCAACUUCUAGAAGAUGUCCAGGCAGAGAAAGAGAACGAAAUCUUGCGGGACAUCAAACAGAACAUUGCCAAGCACAUCAAAUGGAACGAGGGCUAUGUGGACCUCACAAGAGCACCUCUCUCGCCGCCUCCGGAGAAGACCUUCCAGGCUGCAUUCCGUCCCGCAAUCACCACCCAGUUGCCGACUCCUCCAUCUUCGGAUUCGUCCGACAACAUGAUGUUGGACACCGCUUUAGAUACUACCAAUGCCCUUUCCUUCCGAGAUAAGCUAGUCCCUCGUACAUGGGAGAUGAAUGAGGACACCAGCAGGAUACCGUCGUUUAGGAGGCGUAUUGGGCGUGGCGGUCGCUUAUUUAUCGAUCGUCGAAACCUGGUGUCGCGCUGUAGAGUCGAGAUGGAUCCGCUGAAGGCUGACCGAUUCAAAUUCGAUCGGGAAGAUUCCGAUGAGGAGUCAGACUUCGAAUGUGAUCAGUACGAUAUCCAGAUCAUGCAACACCGUGCUAUCAUGGCGGCUAAAGCGCGAGAUCAAGCGGCAGCUGCAGCUCAGGCGCAGGCGGCACAUGCACAAGCCCAGGCUCAAGCGCAAAGAAGAUUGCAAGCUGAGCAAACCGCGGCUAGUAAUGGACCUGCCAACGUGGGGCAGACAAUGGGGUCAAAUCCAGGGCCUGGUGCCGUGGCCACCACAACGUGA